CGGCCCGCCUGGACAGACGAUGUGGGCAAGGCACGCCGCCGGCCAGGUGACCCAGCGCAGUCCUUUGCGCUCCAAUGAUGCUGCCCGUCUCACCCAAGCAAACCUCGUCCCAUGCAUUAGCUUCACCUUCGCACACCACCUCUUCUAAGGCUCCAGCGGCCCUCUGCGAAGUGGAUAGGCCUGAUCCGCAACGCCAUUCUAUCGAAGGCUUGCGAUCCAGGAGUCGGACACGCCUCGUUUGCCCUCCCGUCAGGCAGUGAUUCACGUCCCAAAGGCUUACCGCGCCCGCCGUGCCCCUCCACUCAAUUGUUCUAUUCCUAGCAUGAUCUUAUCUUAACACGGCCCUUGUCCGUUCUGUCACUGGGCACGCUCACCCGCUCUGCUGAGAUGAUGCGAUCCAAGGUCAGCAGACUCAGCCUCGGACGCAAUCUUGCAUCCAUACCCCAGCUUUCUGGUGUUCCUCUCCCAUCGUGCACCUUGCGUAGGCUAGCUGAAUGCCGCACUAUCGAUAGCUCGACAGGAUUUCCAGGAACUAUUACUUGCGAACGCCCCAUGUUUGCCGGUUUAGGCGGGCCCCAGAAACCUUCGCGGAAGGUAUGUCCACGAAACAGUGCCUGUUAGCAUUCACGGCUGGGCCCAUCGUGGUGCUGAGUACUAAUGCGCUCGUCACCCUACGAAACCCAUUCUCUGCAUGACGAGCGCGCCUGAUCCAAACCCUUUCACACCAAAACUUUCUAAGGCCGAAAUAUAAGCAAGGCAUAGCUGCCGCCGCUCCUGCAAGGUAGGUUCCCGGAGCCAAUCUUCAACUACCACGUAGCUCGCUUCUUUGCUCAUCUCCCGUUGCCACAGCUAUGCCUAGCCAUGGUGCCGCAUACUACCACGGCGGCAACAACCCUCACCAGACCCGGAGACGAUCUCAUCGACGCUCCUCCGAUGCGGCUACUGCAGGUACCAGAUUGUACACGGCCGAUGAGUCCGCCAAAAUCCUAGAAGCCAGCAGGGAAGCGCUGAAGACGGCGCAGCGCCGUCAUGCCAGGAGACACAGCGGAGGAUAUUACUACACCAUUCCACGGACAGACACGCCUGAAAUACCUUCGUACGAGCAUUUCCUGGCCGAGGCCAGGGCGCGCGUCAACAACACUACAUCAUAUUAUCCGCAGGAUACAAUAACUAACACUCAUUAUGAUCCUUAUCAGUAUCAGUUCAAUCCGAACCCCUACCUUUAUGGUUACCCGUCCGGCUAUUACCAGGAAAUUAGGGCGCCAUUACACCACACGGACUCAGCUAGAACGGGUAAAUCUGGCGUAUCAUCGACGCUAGUAGGAUCAGAGACUACAUACUCGCCGACGUCACCUACUCUUGUCGGAUCCGGAAGGCCCAGCUUGGAACAGCCACAAUCUUUGAGAACGGUUCAACCGACGCGUAACUCGUAUCCCGGUCGGACGUCGCAUUCCAAUCGAACGUCUCAUCCUAAUCGAGCAUCGCACUCCAAUCGGUCGUCGUAUCCUAGAAGGCAAACUCGCGUGUCCUGGGGCCCAACAUACACAUGCGUAGAUCCGCCUCACACUUAUCGCUAUCCGCGAACGACAAAACCAACGAGAUCGAGAACGCCGCAACCGGUUCGACGUCCUCGCCAGAAACGAACUUCUUGGUUCUGCUGGUGCUGGUGAGUUGCGAAGUAAGUGGAGCGUCGACACGUUGGCUGUCUUCCCUGGUGGUUUAAGAGCAUUGAUUCGAAGCCUGUCGGUUAGGACAAAGAGGAAGGCAAAGGAUGGCGCUUGAAUGCUGCCGUUGCAGCUCAUACAAUUGGGAUAGGUGUUUUGGUGUCGUUUAAUUUGCGGUUGGUUUUGAUUUAGCUCGGUUUGGUUUGACUUUGGGAUUGCUCGCAUAGAUGAUACCCCCUCACGGACAAGGCGUUUUUGCUUUUCUGGUUUCAAGAGUUUUUUUUUUUUUUUGCCAUCUCUACACGCACACAACAUUCUCCGGGUCAUGAAUGCUUCUCGUAUCGCUGUAGAUACAUGAACAGUCGCGCUCAAUUUAAUCAUGAUGAGAAACAAGGAAUACAACAUCAAGUCG